AUCGCCCCUGGCAGUCCAGGCUGCAGUGGUCCCCGCCGAGCGCGUGGCGGCCUCAGCUGGCUAGGGAAGCCAGACCAGGAGCGCCGCUCCGGCUCAGUCCGCUAGAGCUCCGGGCGCACCCGCCUAGCCGCCACUCGCAGGAUUUGUUAUCUGAAGAAAUGGAUACUUCUCCAUCCAAAAAAUAUCCAAUUAAAAAACGCGUGAAAAUACAUCCCAACACAGUCAUGGUGAAAUAUACUUCUCAUUAUCCCCAACCUGGGGAUGAUGGGUAUGAAGAAAUCAAUGAAGACUAUGGUAGAUUUAUGGAAGAGAACCCAAAGAAAAGUCUGCUGAGUGAAAUGAGAAGAAAAGGAAGAACUUUGUUUGGAACCAUGAACACUCAGCCUCUUCGAUCAGAAGACCCAAGAGCCAGUAGCAUGGGACAGUUCCAGAGCUUUGCAGAAAAAAACAUUUUUCAGUCCCGAAAAAUGUGGCUAGUGCUGUUUGGGUCUGCUUUGGCGCAUGGAUGUGUGGCUCUCAUCACGAGGCUUGUUUCUGACCGUUCUAAAGUUCCAUCCUUAGAACUGAUUUUUAUCCGGUCUGUCUUGCAGGUGUUAUCUGUGAUAGUUGUGUGUUAUUACCAGGAAGCUCCCUUUGGGCCCAGUGGAUACAGAUUACGACUUUUCUUUUAUGGUGUAUGCAAUGUUAUUUCCAUCACCUGUGCUUAUACCUCCUUUUCAAUAGUUCCUCCGAGUAAUGGGACCACGAUGUGGAGAGCCACCACCACUGUUUUCAGUGCCAUUCUAGCCUUUCUUCUUGUAGAUGAGAAGAUGGCGUAUGUUGACAUGGCUACAGUGGUUUGCAGCAUCUUAGGUGUUUGUCUUGUCAUGAUCCCCAACAUUGCUGACGAGGACAAUUCUGUGUUAAAUGCCUGGAAAGAAACCUUUGGGUAUACCAUGACUGUGAUGGCCGGGCUGACCACGGCUCUUUCUAUGAUAGUGUACAGAUCCAUCAGGGAGAAGAUCAGCAUGUGGACUGCACUGUUUACCUUCGGUUGGACUGGAACAAUCUGGGGAUUAUCUACUAUGUUUGUCCUUCAAGAACCCAUCAUUCCUUUAGACGGGGAGACAUGGAGCUAUCUCAUUGCUAUAUGCAUCUGCUCUACUGCUGCAUUCCUAGGAGUUUAUUAUGCCCUAGACAAAUUCCACCCAGCGUUGGUUAGCACAGUACAACAUCUGGAGAUUGUGGUAGCUAUGGUCUUACAGCUUCUAGUGUUACACAUAUUUCCUAGUGUUUAUGAUGUUUUUGGAGGGGUGAUCAUUAUGAUUAGUGUAUUUGUCCUUGCUGGCUAUAAGCUUUACUGGAGGAAUGUAAGGAGGGAAGAUUAUCAGGAAAUACUGGACUCUCCCAUUAAAUGAAUACCUGGCUAUUAUUAUCAUCUUGUUAAUGUCUAGUUAUUAACAUGUACACUGCCAUUUUAAUAUUUACCUGUAGAUGUCUUUUGUGUUAUAUUAUUGAUAGAGUACUAUAAAGUAUAAUUAUGCAGAUGCAGAAAACUAUACCAGACUAAUAUAUUAAAGAAUAAAUAUUAAAUAGAUGAAAUA